AAUGGCCAAUCGUAAAGCUUGUGCAUGGAAUAUAAAUUUACAAACCGCCAUUAUACCGCUCUAUCUCGUCUCGAAAGUGUGCUGCUUAAAUGCUUUCACCUAUGUACCGCUGAAACAGUGCUUUGGUUGCGUUACCGUGCGAAAGAGCGUUAGCAACCUAUCCGGCGAUUGGCUUUUUAAGCGAGCAAAUGUAAAGACGUUAGAGUUCUCCAUCGUUGGUCUGCUGCAUGCGGUUGGCUGCUGUCUGGGUUACGUUUCCUAUCAUAUCCUAUCGUCACUAAGCCAAUCAAGCAAGCUGACCGAUUCGAACUUGGUGCGUGUGGCGAUCGACUUGAAGAAUCAAUACAUUGGCUGCAUCUUGGUGCUGAGUCUCGUAACCGUGUCGUUAUUCCGACAGCCAGCACUGAAUCGAUUGAUUCAACUGCUGGUGCAGAUUGAUCACCAUAUACCGGUGAUGAUACAAGCUGUGGAGCAAUUAGGCUUGAAACGACCUGCGAUCACCAAUGCUGUUUGGUUGCGGUGGGUAGAAUUCAUAAUAGACGCCACAACACCUUAUCAACUAACCGGUACUUUUACUAUGCAGGAAUGUUCUCCUAAUGCUCAUCCUAAGUGUUGGUGUAAAGGCAACAUUGGAGAUCAGCAACUGUCUCAUGUACAUACAGGACAGUGGCUCACCCUUUUCGUCCAACUGCUUGCUGCUCUGCAUCAUACCGCAAACACUAUGCGUCAUCAGCGAGCUACAGUUUGUAGCAUAUGCGCUGCUAAUCAGAGACCGCUUAAGGCUGCUAAACGGUUGGCUGCUGCAGCUGCACCCACAUCUAGCACGCGGCAGUGAAUCAGCUUUCGAAUCCAUCCGUCAUCUCGUAGACAUCCACCAGCAACUGCUGAGCGCUGUCGGGUUGCUCAAUCAAUGCUUCGGGGUACAAAACACAAUUCUACUGCUUUUCCAGUUUAUCACACUGGUUGAGCUGGGGUACAAUACAUGCAUGGUGUCUGUACGGUAUGUUGCAAAAAAAAGGUUAUCAAUGCAAUUGGUUCAUGCUUAUGUUUGUUGCUUCGGGAUUAGGUAUGCGGAAGCAAACGUUGAACAAGGCGAUAGCACGGAGGACUUUCUCGAAACGGUGUACUGGAUCGUUUGGUUUGUGAUGGAAAUGUUUGCGCUCUGUUACUUCAGUCAUACCACGGUGGAGGAGGCACGCGCGACUGUUCAUCUGCUUCGACCGCCUAUCGCUUAUGGGAUGAACCAAAGGAACCACUUUCGGCUGGUAAAUUACAGUCGCAUCCCUUGACCAUUUCAUCGGUUAGAAUUUUUUCUUUGCAGAUUUCUCAACAACAGAUAGUGUUUUUGAAUCUCAAAACGUCCAUCUCCUGUGGAGGACUGUUCACCGUAGAUCUGACACUGCUCCAUGCGGUACUUUCACGCCUUUUAUGUACUACAAACUAUGCUUAGAUAACGUUUCCCACUUUAUAUAUCUAUUCUGCUCACAGAUUAUUGGUGCCACCACAACCUAUCUAAUCAUACUGAUUCAGUUCGAUCAAUCGUUUAACGGUGAUUAAGCGACAGUUAUUACGGCAGAUCCUCUCACAGACACAGACAACCGAGUUAAACAAAAGAAAAAGAUCCCAUUGCACAUUCCCAUUGCCCUUUAAUUACUCGAUUUAAAUGCAUAUGCUGCUCUGGCCGGCCGAGAAGUACGGCCACCGUUGUGAAGUGAUCAGUGAAUGGGAAAUUUAUGCAAUUCAUGAUUAUAAUCAUCACGCACGAAACCACCUAUAAGAAGGCCAUGCCGCUCAUGAAUGGGAAUGCGUUCAAUAAACGCCUCGGGAAACAUCAUUAUGUGACCAAUCGUGUGCUAAAGAUAGGUGCAAAGGCUUCACAUGCUUUACUGCUAUCACUUAAGAUUGUUCCGAGUGUUUGAAUGUUUGCUUCCAGUUACAUUGAAUGGAAUGAAAGCUCAUAUUAUUAAGGAGAAGAAUUAAAUAAAGUAAUAAGACAAUAAUAGCUUUUCCUACUACAAUCAGUGUGCUCAGUGGUGGUACAACAGAAUCAAAUUAACACUUAACAUGCAUUAAUAAACCACCCCGAAAGCGUAAUUCAUUCCAACUGUCUGAGCAACACGUUAGCUAUACUCAAUUAUGAACACUUCACUUUGAGGAUAAUUGCCAACCAUCAACCGAGAGCAUUAAUCAUAUUUGGUACUGGUAGAAAAUGGGUUUUAGCUACUGCUAACGGGGUGAGAAAAAUAUUUUCCAUCCAACUGUUGUGAAUCUUACGCGUGAUUCCGCGUGUGUUGAGUGUGCGCUCUGUUUAGUGUGUCAAUAAAAUUUAUCAAAAUAUCUUACCAUUGCAAAAGUGUCUUGAAGGAUCUUCCUUAGCCACUAUCCCGAUGGAUACGGAUGCGAUUCGAAGCAACGGGAAUUCCUUGACAGCGGCUUCACCACACAGCUCACGGCAACAAUUUCUACGCUGCUUUCGACCGCUUCACAUCCUUUCCUGCACGUUCGCCUUGUGGCCGUUUGCCGUGCCGGUCAACGGUGGUUCGGUGUUUACGCGAUG